AUGGAUCGAUAUCACCCAUCAGAUCGCCUCUCACGAGUAGAAUUUCGACGAGGCAAUCUUGACCGUGGCGUACGACGCUCUCUCUCUCUUGAUGCUCAAGGUCGUGGCGUGACUGGUCACUUCUAUGACAAUCACAGUUUAGGCGGCGAAAGUUAUGGCGAUAGCGAUGAUGAUGAUGAUGAGAAUGAUCAGCGUUGUCUGAGUCCUCUGCCCUGCCAAGAGGGUUGCAAUGACUUCCUCACCAAGUUGAUGUCGCCCAUGAUCAGUUCGAUUGCGGUGGAUCGAUCAGUCUCGUUGAGUACAGAGGAGGCUCGGCGACUCACUGAACCUCCAUCGGCUAAGCAAGUUACUCCGGUUGACUGCAAACAGGCUGCCUAUGCUGCGAGAAAAAGUGUCAGAGAACUCUAUGGCAAGCCAAGUUGGUGGGGAGAUGAAGACUCGGAGGAUGAGGGAGGGAGAGAGGAUAAAGGUGCAUCCUCUUCUCAUCCACUUUCAGCUCAACCUUCGCGCAAAAUGUCCUUCAAUGACCUCCGACCGAACAGUCCCACGGGACAAGCCACCCCACGGCGUCAAGCCGAAGCUUUCACUAUCGACUUGACCGAUGCAGGAAAUAGCAGUGCUGCAGGGAGUGUCUGUGUGCCGGAGAGACUGCGUCGAGCACUUCAAGAAAGGCAACAAUUGACACGAAAACACUCGAUGCCAACCGAACGGCAAAUCACCCCAUCCCCUAUCAAAAAGGUGCAACCUCGACAAACCGUAGACCGGGCACCAGUCUCCAGACCGCCUGUUAAAAACAAUCAGAGGGGCGUUUUGCGAUCAUCCACACGUCCAAAAACAACGUCCUCUGGAGACAAUCGACUUCCCAUCACCUCUUCACCCGUCUCAUCACCAAAAAAUGCUGUCAAGCGGACCACCAACAUCUCUGUCCUCGCCACCGCGCCUAAGAUCACCAAAAAUCCACCCAUUCAAAAGACACCACAACGAAAAGACUCCGCAAAACCCUCGUCUCGUGGUCCACCUAAUCCACUGACCCAACGCAAUCGUAUUCCCCUCCGGCAAGUACCUACAAAGACUGCGCCAACACCAUGCGGUACUAGAAAAUCUACAACUAAUCGGAGUGAACUGCCUAGGCCCUCACAAAGUCCUUCCGCAUCUCCACCGGCUGCGAAAGCCACCGAUCGAGCCCCACUUCCAGGUACUCCUGUCAGUGCUACAGUUCAGUUGAAUCGACUUCCACUGAAGCGCGGUUCUACACCAGUUCUAGCGGAGAACGGUGCGAAACGACUUGUGGGUAGUCCACUUCAGCGUCGCGUUACAGCGUCUGUGAAAGCGCCCGGACGUCAGACGACUCCCACACGGACUGCAAUUUCCGAGGAGAAGAGAACUCCUUUAGUGACGACAGUUCAUACUCGUCUCACAAAAGCUCCCGCUGUUCCGAGUCCACGAGGACCCGUGCUGACGCCGCGGCCGAAGUCUUCACGGCCUCUGUUCAAUAGCAUUAAAAAGCCAAUUACAACGACUCCCACUACUACUACCUGUGGCUCUACCAUCUGCUUGCCAACAAAACCUGUGCUUGGUGGGUGUACGAUCUGUGAUCCUGUGAUUCAGGAGAUUUGGUCUUACAAGGACGCCAAGGAGUAUGUGAUGGAGAAGAUGUUUCAGGGCAUUAAUGCUACCUAUACCGCUGUGACAGCAGCCAAGUGCACCACCCAAUCUGUGUUUGAGGAGUUUAAGGCAGCACUGGCCGUGGCAGCUGCAUCGCCGUCAACGCCCACGGCCAUACCUGCACCAAGCACAAAAGUGAAGACACCAGUCGUUUGCACACCGGAGGAGAGGAAGGAGCUGGAAUUGUUCGAGAGAGUGGAAGCUGAGAUAAAUAAAUUUGGGGAGGAUGAAGAGGAAGCGCUGGCACAGGCUCUCAGUCCCUUGGUUGAGGACUUCAGUAAAACUUGGAUCCGAGGCAAAAAUGUCAGCAAAUCUACAGACAUCUCUCAUCCUCCAAUUGAGGAACUACCUAUCGUCGGUGCUUCGGUAGAGGAAAAUCUGGCGACACAAAUAAUGAGCACUGCUGCUUCCACAGUCACCCUGGAGAAUCCUUUGACGCAUCCUGAGGAUCAUGGAAUCGACCCAAACACUCUGCAGACUGCCGAAUCGGUUCAAAGUAUUGCAGAGACCUAUGUUCUUGAUGCCAACGACACAUUGGCUGCUGAGGGUAUUCCACCUGUUGUGAUAUACGAUUCCGUGGAGAAAUUAAUUAAGGACGCCCAAGGGGAUACAAGCAUCAUGGAGACUUCAAACACUUGCACCAUCCCCUACCAAGGCACUAUGACAUCGAGAAGUGACAGUCCAAAUCCUAAUGAGGCUGCGGUGGCGCUAAAAGGGGAGGAAAUCGAAGUAGAAGCAUUGGAGAGGUUUGAAAAGGAAAUCAAUGAGGAGUUCAGGGCUGAAGCUGACUCCCUCUCUAGUGCUGAUGAGGAUCUAGAAGCAAAAUCCAGUAGCAGCAGAGGUGGCGGUGGUAUCAGCGGCGGCGGUGGAGUUCCACUAAGUGGAUCGAGGCGUCAGGGAGCUCCUGGGAUUCCGGAGUACCUGGCCAAAACAUCUUGUUGGUUAGAGAAACGAGAAGGAUCACGAGAAACAAUUAACCAACUACGUGGCGAAAAACCUCGGCUUUUCCCUCUAACAUCGGAUAUUGCCAGCAAAGCCGAAGGACAAGUCAUUACACAUAACCAAAUUUCACCAGCAAGCGUUCAACCCUACCAAUCCGUCGAUUCCGGUGUGGCUGAUUCCGAAUCGCAUUCAGCUGUGUUCCUUUCGACCAACACUACCCUAGCUUCCACCACUACCACUACUGCCACUACCAACAACAACAUUGCUCCUGUUGCUACCCUCAAGGCACCUCCUUCCAAUCUUCAAGGUCAAAUUUUCCCAGUCCAAGUCUCCUCUGAGUUUUUGAAUGCAUCAACCUCCCCGUCCACUCCUUCAUCAUCCUCUUCCUCCUCAUCUCCUCUUAUUGAUCAGUUGAAAGAGGAAUUCCUUCAACCAGAAAUCGUUUCAAAACCCAAUCUUGUCUGCGCGCCAGUUCAAGCUUCCUGCGGUUUGGAAAUGCGAGGUUCGACAAGUAGUAGUCAUCGUGCUCAAUCUGCUACAACUCGUCGUUCUUGGAAUCCAGACACAAAUUUAUUGGAUGUGACGUGGAGCCAGUUACGGCGACACGCCAGUCGAUGCUCCAUCCAGUCAGAGUAUGGAGAAAAUGGAAGAUCGCAGGGUUCCGGUUAUCACCAUCGUCAUCGCUACCCAUCAGUUCAGUACUCUGCGAGGGGAAACAAACGCACCUCAGACGCAGUCUACCCUUUUGCGGGGCAACAAGUGCCUCUUAUUCGAUCAACUCGUAGCACUACAAGUUUGGACACGGCGUUGUUGUUGAGGAAUUCUCAAGAAGCUCUGAACGAAAUAGCACGUCGCAUCUACAGACAACCUACUCAUCCGACAGUGCCUGCCACACCAAUUCAACUGCCACAAUUGCAAAACCUCUCCACCUACCUGACCCAUCGCUAUGCUGAAACGAGUGUGGAGAGAAGUCCGAUGAAUGAGAAAUAUCGCCCUUCAUCCCCUCCACCACCAAAUCAGACAACAAUUGGUGACCUCUACAGCCAAUCAAUGGACCGCUCAUCGAUGCUGGGCAAAUCAGCCAAUCACUAUGACGUAAUUCAACCCACACGUCAUUUCUUCCCAUCCAAUCAACAUCAAGGCUUAAGUGAAGCUCGUCAGCCAAUUACAACUGCACCUUAUUCGCCUCCCGUUUCAGCACCACCAAUAUCCCCUGUAUCGAUUGCUUCAGCCACGGAACCGGGACAUCCGUUUCGUGGGGGUCGGAGACCUACCAAUUCAAAUCGUUACCCAGUUCGUCGACAUUCCCUACGAAAUGCAAACCAUCAACGUGUUGACAGUCCAACCCCCAACGAUCUCUUCCCCACUGACCACACAAAUAACAGCCUCACUCACACACAAUCCAGUCAUCUCGCCAACCGAAGUGUAGCCGAGGUCAAGGUCAUGUCAUCUCGACCAACAGGGGUGAGCGUCACUUCCACUGUGCCACCUAUGGUGCUUCAACGGCGACCUGAAGCAGAGUCAAAGCAUUGCUCGGCGGUUGCUAUAACACCCAUUUUGCGUGGAAAUCGGCCUUCAGGGACCCUCACCGAUGUCACGACGGCAGGAAAUUCGUCCUCUGUGAAAGCCGCAUUAAUAGAGGAGGCAACAACAACAAGUGGUUCUGUUGGAGGCAUUGCAAAACCGGUGGCGCGUCGGUUUGAUGCUGACGAGGUACUCCGAGGCUCCGCAUUCUCCGCUGUAACCGCAGUUCGUGUCCCUCUUCGUCCCACAGAGCUCCGCUCUACCGAUGUUGCAGAGCGGUGCCGACGCUCACUUUCUCUCGGUCCAGUCGGUGCUGGUGACGAGGUCGGAGGAAAUGAUUGUGAAAUUCAACCACUUCCCGACACCACUGACAAGUCCUAUGAAUCCCUACUGGCGGCCUCAAUUCUGCGUCUUUCCAACCGUCUUCGGCGGUGCUCUGACAAUCUCGCCCAGCGAAUCGGUGCUCCUAGCUCAGACGCAAACUCCCCUGUUGCUCAUAAUACCUGGAAAAGUGGUCUCAAAACCUCAACUUCUCUCCAUCAAGAGCUCAACGAUUCCCUCUCAAACAUGCGAACUGUAGAACAACACCUCCAGUAUAUGGAAAAUGUGUUAUUCGGAGGCAGUAGCAGCGCUAGUACGACGUGUGAAAGAAGUAAAACCUCCACUGAGACGGACUAUCUUCAAGAACUGGAGCGUAUUAACAAUGAACUAAGGGGCUUUGUACCCAUUGGUGCAAGUGCAGGAGGAGGAGCGAGGGAAAGAGACGUCGGAACUGCCGUUUCUUUAGUAUCUACCGAAGCAACUGAUUCUGGAGUUGAUGCCUCCAUGGCAUUGGAACGAGGCGGUGAUGAGAAAAACGUCAGUCACGCAAACCCUCCAAAUGGGCGUGCUACACGAAGUAGUGAACAAUCAACCUUCCCCACUGGUGACUUUUAUUGA